CAUCAUAUCAUCCUGAAAAAGAAAGAGGAACUGACAGCAGGGCUCUGGCCACUUCCUUUCCCCUCUGCAGUCUCACUGUCCCCAAGCUGCACUUGCCUUACGGCACCAAUGGCGGUGGCCCUCAUUCUCGGUUGGUGGCUGGUGGCAGCGAGCAGGGCACAGCAACUGCCACGACCCUCCCUGUUGCUGCACCCCAGCCAGGGUGUGCCCCUGGGGGACAAUGUCACCCUGCGCUGCCACCUGCCCCGGCUGGCUGCCUGGGUCUGGCUGUACCAGGAAGAAGGUUGGUCAUACAACAAGAGGAAGAAGAAGGAGCAGGACACGGCCGAGUUCUCCUUUGUUAGCACAAAGCGGGAACACGCAGGUCGUUAUCAGUGUCAGUACCGGGUGUCUGAGUCAGCCGAGAUGUCAGUGGAGAGUGACCCCGUGGAGCUGGUGCUGACAGAUGUCAGAUAUCCGCCAUCCAGCAUUUCCCUUCACCCUGAGCAACAUGUGGGAACAGGGACCAAUGUCACCAUCCGCUGCUGGAACAAGGACUAUGGGGCCACCUUCUUCCUGCACAAGGAUGGGAGCUCAGACCCUCUCCAGCGCCAGGACUUCAGUGAGGGGGGCACAGCCACUUUCACCCUCUUUGGGGUGACCCCAGCUGACAGUGGCACCUACAGGUGCUCCUACCGCCCCUGGCGCUUCAUGUCCUCACCUCUUGGGGACAGCGUGAUGCUGGAGGUGACACCCACACCUGCACCCCCAGGUGCUGCAGGCAGUUCUCAUGGGAACCUGGUGGUGGCAGUGGUUGGUGGCUGCACUGCUGCCUUUGUCUUCAUCCUCGUCCUUAUCAUCUUCUUCCUCCUCUCUGCCCGCAGACGUCGGACACAGAGAGAUGAGAGCCCUGGUGCCCCCCCCAAAAAGCCUGAGGCCAUGGAGUUCCAGGUGCCUUCCAGUGACAGCGAGGGUCUGACCUACUUGGAGCUGCAAGCUGUGACCCCCAGCACACAGCCCCCCAGCCCCCCCGCCACCCCACAGCCCUCUGUUAUCUACACCGAGGUGGCCGUUGGGGGGGCGCCACUGAUGCCUCCAUACCCCGCUUUCUGA